GCCAGUGGACACACACGUAGGAAGGAGCUCAAGAUGGUCGUGCUGUACAAGGACAUCGCCAAGACGGCGGAGAACGUGCUCCGCGACGACUACGACUUCUCGCGCAAGCUCAAGAUCAAGACCAAGGCCUCGAACGGCGUGUCCUUCACCACCGAGGGCGACAUGGCCAGCAACAAGGCCAUCCUCGCCAAGCUCUCGGGCUCCUUCACGCACGCCAGCAGCGGCGUCGUGUUCAAGAAGCUGCAGGUGACCACGCACGGCCGCCUGAUCUCCGAGGCCGAGCUGCCCAACGUCUUCACCAAGGGUCUCAAGCUCACGGCCAAGGUCGAGGACGGCUCGCUCGCCAAGAAUGCCCACGCCAAGCGCGUCGGCGUCUUCGGCUGGGAGUACCAGCAGUCCAACUACUCGGUGAACGGCGCCAUCGACGUCGGCGCCAGCACCGUGAGCAAGGCCGCCGUCUACAGCUUCGACAACGUGCUGGUGGGCGCCCAGGCCGCCUUCAACUACAACAAGUCGGCCGUCGUGGACCACAACGUCGCGCUGAGCUACCGCGGCAACGACUUCACGGCCACGCUGCAGACCAAGAAGAAGUUCAACACGCUCUCGGGCUCGUUCCACCACCACCUGUCGCACGACACCGUCUACUCGGCGCUCUUCAACUACGACCUCAAGUCGGGCCAGAACACGCUCAGCGUGGGCGGCCGCUACAACGCCGACAAGCUCACCACGUACGCCGGCAAGGUCGAGUCGGACGGCCACGUGUCCCUGGCCCUGGUCCAGAAGAUCCGCCCGUUCCUGGCGCUGACCACGAGCGCCCACGUGGACGUCAAGAACUUCGACGGCGACGCCCACAAGUUCGGCAUCGGCCUCACCCUGGGCUAAGCAGCGAGGGGACGAGACGAAACUCAACGUAGUAGACGUGCGUCUGGCUAGUGCUGGAUGGGGGGAGGUGCCCUGGUGCCCGCGCAGGGCUGAAUCGAAUAAACACCUCCGUUUGCCCAUGU